GACCCCCCCCCCCUCCACAGCAACAACCAUGAAGUUCGUGAGGUAUAUCAUGAAAAACGCCGCUUUGGCCAGCGUGCCCAAACACAUCGAUCACUUCUCCAAAUUCUCCCCCUCGCCGCUCUCCAUGAAGCAGUUCCUCGACUUCGGUUCCAUCAACGCCUGUGAGAAGACGUCCUUCACCUUCCUGAGACAGGAGCUCCCGGUGAGACUUUCCAACAUCAUGAAAGAAAUCAACCUGCUGCCCAACAAACUGCUCACAACCCCCUCCGUGCAGACGGUGCAGAGCUGGUACAUCCAGAGUUUGAUGGAAAUCCUUGAAUUCUUAGACAAGAACCCAGAUGACAAAGUCCUGGGAGAGUUCGUUGAGGCCUUAGUGACCAUCAGAAACCGCCACAACGACGUGGUUCCCACUAUGGCCCAGGGCAUCAUCGAAUACAAAGAGGCCUUCCCUCAGGACCAAGUAACCAACCAGAACAUCCAGUACUUCCUGGACCGCCUCUACAUGAGCCGCAUCUCUAUCCGCAUGCUCAUCAACCAGCACACUCUCGUUUUUGAUGGAACCCUCAACCCGGUGCACCCGAACACCAUCGGCAGCAUUGACCCCCACUGUGAGGUUGGAGACGUAGUCCGAGAUGCUUUCCACAGCGCCAAGACGCUGUGUGACCAGUACUACCUGCGCUCCCCCGACCUCGUUCUACAGGAGAUGUGCCGCACGAAGAAGAACCUUCCCAUAAGCAUCGUGUACGUCCCCUCUCACCUUUAUCACAUGCUGUUUGAGCUCUUCAAGAACGCCAUGAGGGCCACGAUCGAGACCCACGACCACAGCAGCACGCUGCCCCCCGUCGAGGUCAUGGUCGCUCUGGGAGCCGAGGACCUGUCAAUCAAGAUGAGCGACAAGGGCGGCGGGGUCCCCUUCCGGAGGAUCGACAACCUCUUCAGCUACAUGUUCUCCACUGCUCCGGCUCCACGGAGAGGAGAGCGCGCGCGGCCUCCGCUGGCCGGCUUCGGCUACGGUCUGCCCAUCUCCCGUCUCUACGCCCAGUACUUCCAGGGGGACCUGCAGCUCUACUCCAUGGAGGGCCACGGCACCGACGCCGUCAUCUACCUGAAGGCGCUGUCCACAGACUCGGUCGAGAGGCUGCCGGUCUACAACAAAACCGCCUUGAAGAACUACAAAGUGAGCCUGGAGGUGGACGACUGGUGCGUUCCCAGCAGGGAGCCUCUGGACCUCAGCGUCCACAAGGGGCCCAAGUGAAAAAACGCCAUGAAGCCUUCACAGUUUCUGUCUUCACGCUCGCCACGUCAGCAUCGGUCACGGCGGAUGUUUGCAUCAAACCUUUUUUUUUUUCUGAAGAGAGGGUUAUCUCCAGACCAGAUCUUUUAGUUGGGUUUUUAGUGAUUUUUAAUGUGGCUUUUGGGUUCCUUUUGUAGGAAAAUAGCUCCAGUGUCGCAUCAUGUGCAGGUGGAGACAGAGAAGGUCUUACUAAAGUGGGAAACACGCGAGAGCCGAUGAAGAGGAGGGUUUGAUGUAUUCCAGAUGAAGAUGGAGGUAUUGAGCCGCAAGAAGCAGAUCCUGUGGGAAAAGUCAGCCAGGGGUUUCUUUCACUGAAGAACCUGAAGAACCUGAAGAACUACCACUCGUGUUGCACCGUGUUGCUUUUGAGGGUGCUGUAAUCCUGUUGGAUCCGUGGUUUUAAGCAAAUGUACCACUUUUACAUCCCGCUGUGACGCUGUUGUCCUUGCUGCAUGGAUGUUAGUCGGAGCUUUUGACAUUUUCUGAUGAGCGUAUUUUGGCGUUGAUUGAUAAGAUUCGGCACUAUCGUAGCACGAGUUUCUCUGGACCCCGCUGAGUGUAAUCCACGCUUCCUUAUUAAUUACAGAGACACAGAGUGGAUUGAAAGAACAUCUUUAGGCCUCUAGAGCCGGCCACCACAGCGUCUUCCACGCUCGUUUGUGAGGUUUAAGGCUUCCGGAGUUCAAAAGAGUCCUUAAAAGCAAUAAAAGAAGGUGCACGUCAUGUUUUAGUUCCCGAGGCUGGUCUCACAUUGU